AUCACAGAGGUGGACCUCUCCGACAACAGCCUUGGGGAUCAUGGGGCCGGAGCCAUAGCUAGUAUGCUAAAGGAGAACAGCACCCUGUUGAACCUCAAUCUGUCAGGAAACCAUUUCACAGACCGGUCCGUUGAACACCUCGGCCCAGCUCUGAUCACCAACUCUCGGCUGCAGCACCUCGACCUCAGCCACAACGCUCUGGGAGAGCAAGCAGGGUGUUCGGGCAAAAUAAUUCCUCCGGGCCCGCACACCUCUAAAUAUAGUUCCGGGAGGGAAACGAUGGGUAGGAACCCCAUCCAGAAUGCUGGGUGCUUUACCAUCCUCAAGUCUGUACAAGAAAACCCAGAUUCAGCCAUGGAAGCAAUAUACUUCUCGGACAUCACGGUGAACCAGGAUUUUGAAGAUCUGUAUAAGGCAGUGAAAGAAAUAUUCCCUGCGCUUACAGUUAAUCAUGGGGGCAGAAUUGGCACAUUCAGAAAAGCAAAAGCUUAAAAAGUGCUACUGUAAUUGCUUACAUUUUAUGCCAGAAAAUAUGGAAUAAGUCUUGUCAAAGCACUGUGGAAGUUUUCAUCGACAAAUGAACCAAAGGAUGGAUGUAUGCAAGGAUAUCAUUUAAAAAUGUCAAUUCAACAAAUAUAUUCCACUAAAUGAAAGGUUUUUGUGUGAAAUAAACUUUUUUAAUGCCAGAUAAUUAAGCGACUGUUUCUUUGUUUUAAAAAUGUUGAGUACCGCAUGUGUGUGGGCUUAAAAUAUGGUGUUGUUAAAGUCAUUGAACACAGGCAUACAAUACAGGUAUUGAGUAUGAUUCUUUUUAGGUAUGAUCUGAUUUAAUGUUAUAUAAUGUCAGUGGGUAGAAUGAUAGAGAGGAUCAGAGAGCACCCCAUUGUGUAUGAAAAGAAGUGAAAGUGGGUUGCACAAAAAGGAUAUAAGUACUGCAUGACUAGUCUAAUAGAGAAACCAGCUUUGAAAGAAUGAUCCACUGUUAGAUAAGAGGCUUGUUUACUGCAGCAGAACAACUCCAACAGGGUUAGAUACAGGUUGUCUUAUUUAAAUCCAGGGAUAGAAAGGUCCUAAACAUUUAUACUUAGGCUACAGUAUAGAUACUUAAUGUUCUUUGCUUGAGUUUUAUAUUUUCUGCACUGACAUGCGCCCCAUAGUAAUUAUUUUGUUAAGGGUUGUAGUUCUUGUUUCUUUGUCUUAGUUGCUUUGCAGGGAAAGGUUUUAAGAUUUAAGAUUUUGUUUUUGACCAACACAGCAAAUGUAUCUACCAGCUGCUAAACUAUAGUUACAACCUUUCAGAUUGUACAUUUAGUCAUUUAAUUUAAAUCUUUGAAUGGUU